AUGCAGGACCACCUUUCAAGCACAGCGGGCAUCUUGACCUCUCACUUUUUGACAACUCAACCAACUCCGAAUUUUUCAUAUUGCUCUCCCAAUGCCACGAUUUGCAAUGGCACAUCCUGUGCGCUGCCCACUGACGAUUACAACAGAGUUUUGAGCACCAUUUUAAGCACCGUCCUAACAAUCUUGUUGGCAAUGGUGAUGUUCUCCAUGGGCUGCAACGUGGAGCUGAAGAAAUUUCUAGGACACCUUAGAAGGCCAUGGGGCAUAGCCAUAGGCUUCCUCUGCCAGUUUGGAAUUAUGCCUCUGACUGGUUUUGUGCUGUCGUAUGCCUUCAAUAUACUUCCUAUACAAGCUGUUGUGGUGAUCAUCAUGGGGUGCUGUCCUGGUGGAACAUCUUCCAAUAUUUUAGCCUACUGGGUAGAAGGUGACAUGGACCUAAGCAUCAGCAUGACAACGUGUUCGACUUUGCUGGCCAUGGGAAUGAUGCCACUUUGCCUCUUCCUUUAUACCAAAAUUUGGACAGACUACAGCUCCCUUUUAAUCCCCUACGACAGUAUCGGCAUUUCACUGGUAGCACUUGUCAUUCCCGCUUCGCUCGGAAUAUUUUUUAAGCAUCGAUGGCCCGCAAAAGCUAAAAUCGUACUCAAGAUUGGUUCCAUUGGUGGUGCAGUUCUCAUAGUGCUCAUAGCUGUGGUUGGAGGGAUAUUGUACCAGGGCUCCUGGACCAUCACUCCUGCACUCUGGAUUAUUGGAGCCAUCUUCCCAUUCGCUGGCUAUUCAGUGGGGUUUUUUCUGGCUCGCAUAGCUGGCCAGUCCUGGCACAGGUGUCGUACUGUAGCUCUGGAAACGGGGAUGCAGAAUACUCAGCUCGCUUCAACCAUAGUACAGCUCUCAUUCAGCCCAGAACAAUUGGAGCUGAUGUUUACUUUCCCACUCAUCUACAGUAUUUUCCAGCUAAUACUUGCAGGGAUGUUUUUGGGAGUCUACCAGGUGCACAAAAGGUAUUUUGCUGAUCGAGACUCGACCGACGAGAAUGGACCUGAAUCAACGCAGGAGCCAACACACAAUAUGAUGAAUGGAGGAUUUACUCUGGAGGAGGGAGGAGGAGGAGAGAACCACGUGUCAGUGACUCCCAAUGGAAGAGUAUAGCCUUGAGCAGGCUGGCUGAAGGCAGGUUGGGAGAGAUGCAUUGGACUGUGGGGAACAAGUCCCUCUUGAGACAGCCAUGGUGUAAAUAUGUGAAUAGAUCAUGUUUCUUAAAGCUACAACAGUUCCACCCCAUCUUCACAGACCCUGGAUGGUGACCAAGAG